GUCGGAAUAGAGAACGAAGGAAGAGUGAUCAUUGUACCAGUCGGGGCGACUGGUGCUGGAGUUCUUUAUCGGUACUCGACUAGAAACCGAGUUUCGAAGCGGUAGUCAUCCCGGGAUGGUGAAGUCGUGGAUCAUAGCAGUUGACGGGACUGUUAUACAUACACAUCGAUGCCUGGUGGAUUGGACUUUGACUGGUCAAAGAUUAGAGUCGCGUUGUAUCGUGAGAGAUGGUGGACAAGAAGAGGCAUCGGACUCGACAACCGUCUCGACAUAACGCAGAUAAAUCGCGCUCCUCACAACGCGAGCAUCACUCGAGAUUCACCCUUGGUUUAACACGCCGCUCAGUUAAGACACGCUAACCCCGAACUAAACAAUGGCGUUCAGGCUCGAGGAGGACCCCAUUGGACCCGAGACGCAGGCACUUGCUCUAAGCGAACUCAGGGAGACCGAAGAGAACAAGAAGAAUGGCAUCGAAGCCCUCAAAAAGCUCCUUGAAGAUGACAAAACGUUAUUUUUCAACACGGAGGACGAUUUCCUUGUCAUUUUUCUUCGCCCGUGUAAAUAUUACCCGGAUAGCGCUUUCGCCCUUAUGAAAAGAGUCGCCGACUUCAAGGAAAAGAACGCCGCUCUUCUGGACAACCUGAUGCCUCAGGACGAGAAGGCGGCUUUCCUCGAGAACAACGUUGUCAACGUUCUGAAGGGUCGGGACCAUAAAGGCAGGCGAGUACUCCUUGUCAAUGCCGGAAAGUCCUGGGACCCGUCCAAGGUCAGCGCCGAUCAGAUGUUCAGAAUCUUCUACCUCAUCCACGAGGCUGCCAUGCGAGAGCCCGAGACGCAGGUCCGAGGUGUUGUGGUGAUAAUGGACUUUGACGGGCUGACGAUGAAACAGGUCUUGGCGUUGUCGCCGUCGUUCAGCAUGAGACUGCUCACCUUUAUCCAGGACGCGAUGCCGCUGCGUCUAAAGGAGGUUCACAUAGUCAAACAGCCGUUCAUCUUCAACAUGGUCUGGAAGAUAUUCACGCCGUUCAUCCGGGAGAAGCUCAACUCCAGGUUGUUCUUCCACGGCAGCAAAAUGUCCUCGCUUCACAAGCACCUGGACCCGAGUCACCUGCCAGAAAACUACGGUGGCAAGUUACCCGCCGUUGACUACACAUCCGCUGAUUGGUACCCAGUGAUUGUCCAGUACGAGGAUAAGGUGAAAGAAUGGAACACUUACGGUCUUCGAAAAAAUUAACAGCGGGACCAAGAGACUGAAAAAUUUGUACCUUGAAUUAUAACGCACAAUUUGAAUCGAGUAUAAAAUAUCUCGAUACAUAAUGAUAUGUCAUAACGUUUUAUACAUGUGUUUAAGUGAAUAAUUAAAUAGGCAUACGUGAGUUGGAAGAAAAUGGUGAAAUUUGAAAAUAAAUUUUUAUUUCGCAUCA